UGAAGUCAAUGUUACUUUGUGUAUCUGACAGAUAUUUACAUGACAUAAGAUUUUAAAAUGCCAUAAAUGAAAACCUUAUAGAUUUAAGUAUUUUGAAAAGUACAUUAUUGCUCUAUAUAUUAUACUUACUGUAAUAGUUUGUGUCCUGAGUAAUGUUGAUAUAUGACCUUUGGCGUACUUGCGAUGGAGUAUGUAUUUACUUUGUGGUAUUGUUACCGAUGUAAUGUUACUUUUACUCCUCAAAAAAAUAGUCCAUGGUGAUUGAUUGGUGUACAGGAAAAGAAAAAAUGUACUAUUCUGAAAGAUUGAACUGUCCUAAACCAAAUGUGCUUUAAAAUGUAAUUAUAACAAUGACUCAGUUGUUGUUGUUGUUGUUUACAGCUGGAUGCUGAUGUGCUAAAGGGAUGCUGUCAAACACAUCACACUCAUGGCUUGAGUCUGUACAGCUGCAGCCUUUUAAUGUUCAAAUAUAUACAAAACACCUCCUCACAUGUGCAACAGACCGAACCAGCGUCUGAGAAUCCGACGGAUUCACAUCGAGUUCGCCAAUUAGCGCAGUCGUGGAGGGGAGGAAGGAGCCGCGGCAGCAUUUUUGAUCGCGGACACAUCGUGGCUCGUGGAGGAAGAUCGCCAGAGAGAGAGGACCCGGGGUCUGCGUGUGGGGUUGGUGAUCGACAGCAGGCAGGCUUACGAUCAGACUAACCACGAGCUGGAUUCCGUUUCCAUUCCAAAGUUUUAUUUCAUCCCAGCCCGACGCGGACGUGAAACCACUGCUGGAACGCGCCGACGUCUGCGCUCCCAUUGGCUGUGCGCAGCGUCGCUCAGGGGGAUGACGAUUUUGCUGCUAUAAGCAGCUGAUGCUGGGCUGAGGGGGGCAUGAACACGGAGCCGCCGAAGAACUGUUGAAGGUACAUGGAUACCCCGUCAUCGGCGCUAUGCCCGCGGAUUCGGUCCCGUCUUCAACCGGAGAUUAAGUACGACCCCGUAGAGGUCUGGAUAGAAGUGCGACACAUACAACCUCAAGACAUGGAAUAAAGUGAGAGUUUGGAGACUACUGAAACAACUCGAGUCAGAUCCAUAAAUAAAAGAGAGGGAGGCGAGGCUGGGAGAGCUCUGUAGAGUGAGGAAGAGAGAAGCUGAAGAAGAAGGAGAAGAAAAGGAGUGAAGAUGGGGAGUGGUCAGGCCACAUUUCUUCUCCUGGACUGUACAGAUCACUCCGUCAGCAGCCGGUCAAAGCAGGAGUCGCCUCGCUGAAACCCCGGAGCAGAUCAUUUCACCUGCUGGAGGAGCCCCCACCCUCGGUGAUGUGAUGAAUAAGUUUGAAGUCCUUGGCAUUGUGGGAGAAGGAGCAUAUGGAGUGGUGCUUAAGUGCAGGCAUAAGGAAACCAAUGAGCUGGUGGCCAUUAAGAAGUUCAAAGACAGCGAAGAGAAUGAGGAGGUCAAGGAGACGACGCUUCGGGAGCUGAAGAUGCUUCGGACUCUGAAGCAGGACAACAUCGUCGAGCUGAAGGAGGCCUUCCGCAGGAGGGGGAAACUCUACCUUGUCUUUGAAUAUGUCGAGCGGAACAUGCUGGAGCUUCUGGAGGAACUGCCCAACGGAGCACCGCCCGAUAAAGUCCGCAGCUACAUCUACCAGCUCAUCAAGGCCAUCAACUGGUGCCACAAGAAUGAGAUCGUGCACAGGGAUAUCAAACCUGAAAACCUCCUCAUCGGCUCCGAGGAUGUUCUCAAACUCUGUGACUUUGGUUUUGCUCGUAACCUGUCUGAGGGAACAGACGCCAACUACACUGAAUAUGUGGCCACGAGGUGGUACCGCUCGCCCGAGCUGCUGCUGGGGGCUCCCUAUGGAAAGGCCGUGGACAUGUGGUCGGUGGGGUGCAUCCUCGGGGAGCUGAGUGACGGGCAGCCCUUGUUUCCGGGGGAAAGUGAGAUUGAUCAGCUCUUCACCAUUCAGAAGGUUUUGGGUUCACUGCCUGCAGAGCAGAUGAAACUCUUCUACAACAACCCUCGAUUCCAUGGAAUCAGGUUUCCCUCGGUUACUCAUCCUCAGACUCUGGAGAGAAGGUACCAAGGCAUCUUGAGUGGUCUGAUGUUGGAUCUGAUGAAGAACCUGCUGCUGCUAAACCCGACUGAGCGCUUUCUGACGGAGCAGAGUUUGAACCAUCCUGCCUUCCAGCCUCUGAGGCAGGCGGAGAGAGAGAGGCCUCCACCUGCCUCUCCCAACCCACCGCGGUCCUCCAAGAGGAAAACACACCAUCACGGGGAAAACACCGUUCCUACAAGGAGUCACAGUAAGAGCACAAGCCGUCGCUCCAACAGUAAAGAGUGUUCCAGCCUCCCUCGCCAUGGGGACCUCCAUCACCUCGGCAAUGAGAGUUUCCUGAAUGGUAACAAACCGGCCCCGUCCAGUUUAAGUCCUACACUCCACCCCAAGAGCCAGUACAUGUCCCAGACCCUCAAUCGCUCCGCCUCAUCCAGCAAAGACCUGGCUAACAACAACCUGCCGCACCUCCUCAGUCCCAAAGAACCCAAAGGCAAGACAGAGUUUGAUUUCAGCUUGGGACCCUCCCCAAAGCUGCCAGACCAGGGCCACGGGGCAAAGUAUGGCCACAGCAAACCCAGCUCCUCUCGCUCUCAGCAGCAGCAGCAGCAGCAGCAGCAGCAGCAGCAGCAGCCGCCCGGCCGCCACACCUUCCUGGAAGGCAAGACCAACACACUGCAGUCCGGAGCGGAAAAACAACAUGGCCGACAUUCCCACAGUAUGGCCGACUCUGCCCACGGGUCCAUGUCCUCCUCUUCUAAGAGCUCCGCCUCCUAUCUCAGCCUGUCCAAGAGCCACAGCGCACUGAGUGAUGCCAAAUCCGUCGGGAACCUCAGCGACGGUCGACUCCACCCAGAUGACCCAAACUCCAACACAGCAGCGGGAGUGGGACCCGGUGCCCGCUUCUUCCCUGCCAGCUGUUUAGACCUCAACGCCCCUUCGGGUCCCCAGGGGCCGCCUGGCAGCCCCUCUGCCCGACACAGUGACCGAUCGGGCCACAGCCCGGCCUCUCGUAGCAGCGGCAAUGUCCGCAUGGAGAGCAGCACACUGGACUCUUCCUCCAGACACAAAUCCAGACAUAAACCUUUAACACCGGAGGAUGUCGGCGCACCGGAGCUCUUAGACCCUGGAGGAGCAGGGAUGCCCUCCACUCACACUCUGCCUUCCCCGCACGAGUCUUAUCAUUACGGCCUGGGCUACACCUCGCCCUUCUCCUCCCAGCAACGGCCUCAUCGCCACUCCAUGUACGUGAGGAGGGAGCGCCACCGACCCCACGGCGUCGAGGGUGGGAUGGCGGGCUUGCCGCCGCCAGGGCAGGUGAUACCAACACGAACCAGCAGCCUGCAGAUACUCUCCCCCCAGCUGCAGCACCGGACCGCCCUCACCGGACACUCCGUGAGCUCCUCAAGGGAGGACUGCACCGAUGACAUGACGAGGAGUGAGCUGUCCCCUAAAGACAUGAGCCACCCCUGUGCCCCCAUCAAAGACUCUGCGCGGGACAACGCUGCUGCUUUUCACACGCAGCGCUCUAAAAACGAGUGUGUCCCUCAGGUCGGCAUGUACCACGACCCCCACGGCGAGGAUGGAGGUUCCUCCAAGGAGAACCGCAUGAUCUUCACUGAGUCCAUGCCGAGGAGAGUCGGCAGCUUCUACCGGGUCCCUUCCCCACGACCAGACAACUCCUCCUCUUUCCAUGACGCCAUUGGGCAGAGUCGUGGGCCGGUCUUACCCAUCGUACCCGGAGACCCUGUUGCCAUGGCCAACCACUCAAAACGCCAGACGGCUUUUGACUGGUCCGCCGCAGAGGCGAUGGUUAUGAACCCCCCAGAGCCCGUCAAGGAGAAGGGAAAACAAGGCUUCUUCAGAGCCAUUAAAAAGAAAAAGAAGAAGACACAAAUAACGGACAUGGAGGACGGGAGGAACCCCAGCAUAAAGAAAAGUCUUUUCCCCCUCUUUAGCUCUAAGAAUAGCUUAAAGCACAACUCAGCUGUCAAAGUCCUACCUGUAGUCGCCUCACCCAUGGUACAACACCAGCCUCCCGCGCCCUACCCUGCCUCACCAGUCAUUGGCAUCGGACAGGAACACCUGUCGCUGCAGAGGAGCUCCAAGUCCUCCUCUCACCACGGCAGCCGGCGGAAAAACCGCGAGCGCUCCCGAGACAGGGACCGGGAACGAGAACAGAGCCGCGACCGCGACAGGGACCGAGAGAGGGAGAGAGAACGAGAGAGGGAGAGGGAGAGGGAGAGAGAGAGAGAAAGAGAAAGAGGGAGGGAGAGGGAGAGAGUCAGCGACUGGCCACCAGAAAAACCAGUGGACUCACACUCUCAGAGCCAACCACUCAAGUCACUCCGCAGGCUCCUUCACCUCUCCCCCUCCUCCUCCAAUCAAGGACAGCCUCCUCCCGCUCCUCCUCCAGACCUGCGCUUCCAAGCCCCCCUCUCCAACCCGCCUCAGCCCUCCGCCAAAGCGGGCUACUCUGAGGGUCGAGGGCAUCCUGAGAGCAGGGGGCACUCCGGGGUGAGCAGCACCUCCCAGGCCAAGAGCCGCAAGCCCAGCUACCCCCUCCCCGGACAGAUCGAGUCCAGCUGGCACGUGUCUGCUUUACAGCGGGCAGAGGGCGCUCAGUUCACCCCAGAGCAGCUGGGCAUCAAACCGGGCCAGAACGGACCCACAUUCACUCGAGCCGCCCGCAGCAGGAUGCCGAACCUCAACGACCUGAAGGAGACUGCGCUUUAAAAACCCCCCCGUACCACACCAUCUCCCACAUGGCUCCGUCCUGAGAGCAUGGGCCCCAAUGCAGACGUCGUGGUACUGUGGUAAAAGUUUACAUGAAAGCCUAUUUCACUGGAUCAAUUCCUCGCUCAGAAACUAUAGUUGUCUGUUGAUAACGUCUCUGAGCCCCACGAAGACGAGACGCUGACAGGCCGAACGCAAACGCCGGUAACAGUGACGCUUAGGAGACAGGAAAGGGGCCCAGUCCAUCUCGGGAUGCCAGCACUGCAUCAGCUGUGCGUUAUUGUCUCUGGACUCGACAAGGUUAGAACAUUAGAAUAAGAUGAUCUUCCCUGUCAAGGAGACGCAGCCCGUGUGGCCGCUUUGCUGCCAUCUUGUGCUCACACGACGCUACUACAACACAUCUGACGGCCGCUGUCACACGGUGGUGGCCAAUGAACUCGAUCUCCGUUUUUCAAGCUACGAUAUUUGAUAAGAACAAGACAAAACAAAACAAAAAAAAGAUUUAUAUCGACAUUAUUUAUUAAAUAUUUAUUUGUUUUCAAUUCAAGGAUAUAAGCUAUAAAUGACACAGUAUGUAGGCUAUAUGGGAAUAUUAUAAGGUAUUAUAGAAUUCAAUGUGUAAUUGCAAGAGCUUUAGUUUCGACACAAAGAAAUGCAUAGAUAUUUAUGUGUUGAUGAUACAAUAUGUCACGAGGAAUAUUUAACACUGGUGAAUGUCUUUUUUUUUUGUUCAAUUUGAUAUGUUAUUAAUAGUUUUUCAUAUUAUAUUAUGUUAUUUUUAACCUUUUUUUUUCGUUUUUCCUUUUUCAUCAAAAUGUAAAGAAUUAUUGAUAAAUACUUUUUUUCCCAAAGUGGAAAAAACAUCACAUCUAGUACAAAUCUGCCCAUCACCCUCAUGACAUCCGUUUUGUGACAAGUCGGGCUAUUUGUCAUCAGGGGUUGGUAGCAGAAGAGCCGGGGUGAGACUGUUAGACUCUGUACUCUAACAUACUGUCAUUUUCAGUUCACUCUAUGUCCCACUCUCGGUGUCAUCAUUUCAAAAUGAGCUCUUCGUUUUCAGUCUUUUGGUUCUUCUGUCAGUGAAAACAGUUUUCCAGCUCCGUGCUGCCAUGUUGGUUUUGUCUACGGCCUUAGCAGCAAGUUAUCACCACAUAUGCCCGGUGAAGACUUAAACCUCUAAUACAACAUUUCAAGUGUUUCAAGAUAGUAGGAGGGUACACUGCAAAAAAAAAAUUAAAAAGCAUACCUCACCUACAACCUUUUUGAUUUUUACGGGUAAGUCUGGUUUUAUUCUAUACUUUUUUUUUUUUAUUGUGACAAAUUCCAUUGAACGUGAAACCAACACCGAAUCCGGCCACAAACAAAUAUUGUCUGCAGUGUAGCUUAUCGCUCUGUGCCACAGACAUCACAUCACUGGGUAUAUUUUGAGUCACCACUUCGCUACCGUAAAUACCCAGCGGGGGCACAAAGUCAGUGGCUGAAAAUAGAGCCCAACAAAUACUGUAUUUAAAGUUUGCAAAAAAAAAAAAAAGAAUCUUCAGGCUGGGGAAGUGGUGGCAGCGGUGGAAAAAGUACUCCGAUCCUUUAAGUAAAAGUACAAAUACAACAACCCAUGAUAGUACUCCUUGAUAGAUAUGAAAAUAUGACAUUUUAAAUUCUAAGUUUGACUAAAAUAUUGUUAUCAGGUAAAUGUACUAGUUGUAAAAGUAAACGUAAUUGUUCUGCAGAAGGAAAAAAAUACUUUUUUGUGACUGAUAUUACCUUAUAUGUGAAAAUGAUCUGAUUAUUAAUGCCCCUUCAUAAUGUCAAAUAUGCCUUUGGUCAAGUUAAUCACUAAUCUGAGGGGCAACGUGAUGAUUAAUGAAGCAAAAAUUAAGAGGAAAAAGUUCCGCAACACAAAUUUUAUAUUAAUCUUUUGAGAUAUAGAAAUAGAGUUGUACGUGUUUUUGGCCUGAAUCAGUCGUUCAAAUGAAAAUGUUCUGUGAAGUGUAGAGGGUAAAUCUUCCUUUAGUAGAAUACAGAACUAUUAACUCCUGCUGUCAAAUAAAAGGAAGUAGAGUAGAAGUACAAUAUGUCAAAUGUAAAUACUGAGGUAAAGUAACUCAAAAAUGUAAAUAAGCACCGUAGUUGAAUGAAUGUACUUAUACACCGCUGGUUGGUUUUUGGUCUUUAUAUUUGUUGACAAUUAGAAAGACAUGAAAUAACACCAGACUUAUCCACUAAUGUUUGUUCUGUGCGUAUUUUCUUUGUGCAAUUUAAAAGCUUGUGUUCUCAAAGUUUUUUGUAAAAUGCCUUUUGUAAAUCUGAAUUUGGUUUUGCAUUACAACUUUUCUUUUUAACAUCAAUAAUCAUGAUCAGGGAGGAUUUUACUUAACUCGAUUGUUCAUAGAAACAUUUACUUGUUGUCUACUGACCUGUGGAUGAUUUAAGAAAAACAAAAAAAAACACUUUUGGUGGCCUGGGCAAAGUUUACAGCUUGAUUUUUCUUCCAAUCUCACCCUAACCCUUCGUUUCCUUCUUCCACCUCUGUGGUUUGAAAGCAUAAAAGCAACGUAGAGAUGCUUUUACAUCACAGAAGGAGGGAACCAAGGGAGGACGGGCGAGUGGGUGCGUCUGUGCAAAACUCAAAACAUCUGUGGAUAAAAGCGAGCAUUGGGUUCGGAGAAUGUCAUGUUCUGUUCCUCAUCUGUUGAAGGGAUGACAAUAUACAAGCAAAAAAAAAAAAAAAAGAAGAAGAAGAGAAGAAACCAAUUGACUACAUGGCUGAUUGACAGCAAUAACAAUCAGAAGGAGACUCGGGGCUGAUGCAGAUUGACACCGGCCAAAUCAGUGGCUGGUUAGAACGGAGCACAGUGAAGGACCUGAGGAUUAAAGCAGGAGAAAGUGUCUACACGUAUAGUAUCAAAACGUCGCUCUGCAAUACAUUCUUUUUUUUUAAAAAUUUCAAUUUGUCCCUGAACACGACCCCCGGACAGGUUAAACUGCCCCAUGCUGUGUAUCGUGGAAAAUCCUGAUUGCCAUUGAUUGUACAAUGACUGCUGCCAUGGGUUUGUGUCAUUGAUGGCACGGAGGGAUGACAGAGCUUGCCUUGCCAGUGACCCGAAGCCUUACAUUAGCUCACUGACUCAACACUUGAGAUGGGAAUGGAGGCUUCAACCCCCAGCAGGUCACAUUCAUACACCGAGAACUGAGACAAGAGAAAGACAAUUCUUUUUGUUCACAAACAUGAAUGUGUAUCGUACAGUAAAAUAUCCUUUUUUGUUUUUUUUCCUUUCCGCAGUUUCCCCACUUCUUACAGGGUGUAAAUAGAAAUAAUAGAGUGUAUCUAUACUGACAAUUCUACUUUAAAAAUGAUAGGGUCUCAUAAUAAAAAGCCAACUGUACAUUUUG